AGCAGUCACUUGUCGCACGGCGUCCGCGAAGAGCGCCGAUCGCUGCCGAGUCAGGCCGAGCCGCGCGCACAGGGCACACUAUGGCGGCCGUGGCAAAAUUUUCGCCGUCUGCGUGAGAGGGAUUUACGCAUUGUUGGUACGGAGCCGCGAAUCACGGUGUCGGUGAUCGGCGCGCGGCCGCCAACGCCGUAAGCCGGUUUCUUCGGGCGAGCAAUCGCGCGACACAGCUCGUACGCGCCCCGCGACAACCCGUCGGAGCGGCCCGAUGCGGGUCGCGCGCGCUCGUCGUAGGGCAAAUGAUGACUUCGAUGCUGCCCAGCUUUAACCCGCCUAUCGUCAAGCGGCUGCUGGGCUGGAAGAAGGCCGAGAGCGAGGACAAAUGGAGCGAGAAGGCCGUUAAGAGCCUGGUGAAGAAACUGAAGAAGUCCGCGGGCCUCGAGGAGCUCGAGAAGGCCAUCACGACGCAGAGUUGCAACACCAAGUGCAUCACUAUACCAAGGCCUAGCCCGGGCGGAGUCGGUGACAACGGUGUCCAGGGUGUUCGCGGCAAGGGUCUGCCGCACGUGAUUUACUGCCGACUUUGGCGCUGGCCGGAUCUCCAGUCGCAUCACGAGCUGAGGGCGAUCGAGCACUGCGAAUACGCUUUCACUCAGAAACGCGACGAGGUCUGCGUGAACCCUUACCACUAUCAACGAAUACAGCCGCCAGUUUUGCCGGCCAUUCUCGUGCCGCGGCACAACCUAGCCGGGGACGAGGCCGUCCUCUACAACACCUCUCUCGAGGAGCUCAGCGUCAGCGUGCCGGAGAACACGAGCUUCCACGCGACGCUCAAUCACCAGCACCACAAUCAGCAGGGCAUACAGCAGUCCCCGCAGCAGCAACAGCAGCAGCAACAGCAGCAACAGCAGCAACCAAAUAAUCCGUACCAAGGAAUGCAGAGCAUGCAGGCGACGAGUCCGGCGAGCGUCGGGAGUCUGGGAAGCGUGCAAGGCUCGCCUCACCCCGCGCCGGGAUCCAUGGAUCCUCCGGCGGAUACGCCGCCGCCGGGCUACAUCAGCGAGGACGGCGACAACAUGGACCAUAACGACAACAUGUCUCUGUCGCGCCUGUCGCCCAGCCCCGUCGACGCGCAGCCCGUUAUGUAUUGCGAGCCCGCGUUUUGGUGUUCAAUUAGUUACUACGAGCUAAAUACGAGGGUGGGCGAGACGUUUCACGCGUCGCAGCCGAGCAUUACCGUGGACGGCUUCACCGAUCCCAGCAACUCCGAGCGCUUCUGCCUCGGCUUGCUAUCCAACGUGAACCGCAACACGGUGGUCGAGCAGACCAGGCGACACAUCGGCAAAGGCGUUAGACUAUACUACAUCGGCGGUGAGGUGUUCGCGGAGUGUCUCUCCGACUCGAGCAUCUUCGUGCAGAGUCCCAAUUGCAAUCAGCGUUACGGCUGGCAUCCGGCCACGGUGUGUAAGAUACCGCCAGGAUGCAAUCUGAAGAUCUUCAACAACCAGGAGUUCGCGGCGUUACUCUCGCAGUCGGUGUCGCAGGGCUUCGAGGCGGUGUACCAGCUGACGCGUAUGUGCACGAUUCGCAUGAGCUUCGUGAAGGGCUGGGGCGCAGAAUACCGCCGGCAGACCGUCACCUCGACCCCUUGCUGGAUCGAGCUGCAUUUAAACGGGCCGCUGCAGUGGCUCGACAGGGUACUCACGCAGAUGGGCUCGCCCCGCCUACCCUGUUCCUCGAUGUCCUAAGCCUUUGCGUCAUCCUCCACCCGUUUGUGAGAGAACACGUGAGAAUACCCCUUCGUGCGCUGUCCUCGUCGUUGUUGUCGUCGUCGUCGUCGUCGUCGUCGUCGAUCGGUGAUCGUCCCUUUGUCACGGUACGUGAAAGCUUGAUCAGAUUUCCUCGAGCGAACUACAAGUGGCACGCGUACAAGAAGAUACACACGAUCUCACGCUCUUCGAGGCCUGAUCGAGAGAAAGAAAGAGAGAGAGGAAGAGGGAGAGAAAGCCAGAGGCCGGUAAAUUGGAAACGCUCAACGACGCCCGAGUUCUCUGCGCCGAAGUCGCGCAGUGGUUUCUAUUUCGAACGUCGCGUGCCCGACCGAACCGGAGGGUCCGCGAUCGCGGGGGACGUGGAAUGCGGGAUGGGAAAGGGGAAGUGCGAAAUAUCGGAACGACGACUCGCUCGCACGCGUGCGACGGUAAAUAUCAUAGUAAAUAUACAUAUACAGAGAAAGCCUGUCCUUAUACCGUGAAUAUCGAUGAGAUCGGGAGAUGCAAAGACGCGGACCCACGCGGCUUGCAAUCGCGCGUAUACACCGCAAUUGGCGUACAAGAUAUAUCCAGGGUGAUUAAUCCGAGUUUAGUCGAUUCGUAAGAAAGAGAGCAAGUGAUAUUUAUAUAUAUAUGUAUAUAUGUACCGCGCGCUAACAGAGAGAGAGAGGGGGAGAGAGAGAGAGCAAGAGAGAGAAAGAGAGAGAGAGAGAGAGAGCUCACAGUUUUACAUAUUUUUACCGCUUAUUAAGACAGACACACAACUACAGUCGUAUACCAGUAUACACCACAGAGACCUUAAGAGAUAAUAUACAUUAAAUACAUAAUAUAUUAUGUAUGCUCACUCUUCAAAAUAGCCUGCUGUGGUGGUGCCCACUUGAAUAUUCUAUAUCCGCGUGUAUAUGCAGAUAUCACACACACACGCGCGCGCGCGCGCGCGCAUACCCACACACGUAUGUAUACACACAUGUAUAUACGUCGUUCUACGAAAUUUGUCGAAGGGGAUUAUGAGAGCGUUCACCGGUAAGAGUGCUCAUGUACACUCGUUGUAUCGCAUAAGAUCUUCCGGUCCUCCAAACGGUCGUUUUUAGCGCGGUUUUUUCUUAAUUCUUUUUUUUUUAUCGAAUUGAGGAUGUGUUUUUUUCUAGUGAAUUGACAAUUGCGUUGAUAUACAAAAGAUUAUUCUGGCUGUGUAUAUUUAACGGCGCUUGUGAGAAUUUUAGUACGGUUUUAGUACGCUAUUAUUUACUCGGUUAUACACGUAUAUAUUUGCUUUCUUAAUAACACAAAUAUGAAUGUUAUUGGAAAUACAAAGUUUAUAUAUAUAUAUGCAUGCAAACUUUUUUACGAUAUAUAUUCGAUUUAUAUUACGUUUGUUUCUCUUCCUUUUUCGGCUCUUUCGCGGCUCUUCAGAAUCGAAUAAAUUCUUGACGGGGGUAGCGGGGGUAUGCGAGGUACUUAAACUUUGGCUCCGACACUCUCGUCCUUUUUAUUAUUUACUGUUUCGACAAAAUUAUCGAGGGAAUUAUCUGGAGAGCGUCGUGAUUUGUUCUUCGACAUCGAGUCGUGGAGUGAAUAUUUACCGUGGUCGAGUAUUUCCAGUCAUGAGGAAAGACGGAAUUCUCAACGUUGCCCGUGUGCGACGUUUUUUGUGUGAUUAUCCGGAGAGCACCUGGCGAACUUGCUUCAGCGAAACACUGAGAUUCCUGGCAAGCGGCAAGAGAAAUAUCCUAAGAAUCACUCAGAAACCGAACGACGACGACGACGAAGCGGAGAACGGAGGACGUUCUGUCGCGAUUAUUCGACGGCUGGCAUACUCGGAAUCAACGGUGCACCGCGGACGUCGGCUCUACACGGUCAACCGGAGGACCCCGAAACAGGAUGUCGGCGUCGAGAAACGCGCGACGGAGGACAACGACAGCGGUAGACUUGACAAGCCCGACUGCUAACAAUGUUCGAUGUAAGCAGACCUACGUCUGUCGUGUCUAAUUCCUGGUGGUGUCCCGCGACGGAAGCGUCGACAGGAAGACGUUCCCUGCCAGCUGUACUAUUACCGGAGACGGAAGGCAAGAUCGACGAGUUCGUCCAGUUUAGAAUUAUUAUUAUUGGUUGGACGGGAGAUAUCACGGCGACCUGUGACCAUAAAGAUUCCGGAAAGCGUCAACCCGGUGAUCGCUCGUUGUGUCGUUAAUAUAUAUGUAUAUAUAUAUAUAUUUUUUUUUUUCGUAAGCUAAAGGAAUAUCAAUCGAGCGUCCCGCCCUGUACGCGGGUGGAACGUUCACGCAUGAUACGUAACUUUCAAAAGAGAGGGAGACAGAGAAAGAAAAAAAAAAUAUAUAUAUAUGUAUAUUAUAAUAUAUUGAUUAUUUAAAGGGCAUUACAUCGUGGCACAGGAAUAUCUUAUGCGAGACAUACGCGAAUUCUCUUAUCGGUAGAGUACGUCGUAAUCUUCGUCGUAAUCUUCGAUCUGUGAGAAAUGUAAAAUGCAUAAAGAGUGACUCUCUCGAAAUUAUCGCGAGAUGAGGAUAUCGUCGUUCGGGCACGAGCAUCUCUCUCGGAAGGAGAGAGAUCUAAAUGCUGAAACACACAAUAAAAGUUGUUUUUCGAGCUUCACGUUUCUUUCCGCGUUUUCCUUCGCAUCUCGAUUACCGCACAAAAUAAUAUUCACCGUGUAGUAAUUAUAUGUAUCGGAUGUCUCUCUGCUCAUUUAUGUCGGCUAAUUGAAUGAAACACGGCGCAGCGAUAAAAUUCACGAUCACCGUGAAGUCGAAGAGAAAAAAAAAACAUUCGAGUAAUCGCUAAAGUAUAAUCGUUAGGGAUGUUGUGAUACUACUGAUAUAAUACUGGUGUCGAUAUUUUUCUUUUAAUGUUGGGUAUUUUUUUUAUCGAUAUUUUCUCUCGAUAUUCGUGUCCAUAUCAGUACUACUUUGUUUCGAUUGUUUCUUUUUUUCUUAGUUUUUUACUCAGUAGAUCUUCGAGAUUUAUAUUUUUGCUUCGUGAAGAUUAAUGUAACGUGCAACUUACGUUUCAAACCCAUCUCUUUAAUUUUACGGUUAUUUAUUGAUUGCAGAAGUAAGAGGAAAGCGUCCGGACACGGAUUACAAGGUCGAUCAUGAGUGUCAUUUUGUAUUUAUUGUAUUUUUGUAUUAAUUAUUUUUUACUUAUAUUUUGUGUUUUUUUUUACACGUAUACCGCAAUUAUUUUUUAUCUUUCGCUUUUAACGGCAUUAAACAAGGAUAGUAAUAGUGGAGGAGCUUUAACGCAUCUUUUCAAAGUUUUUAGACCACAAAUCGUGAAGAAAAUUUAAAGAAGGUAGAAAUAUCAUUAAGAUUAUUAUACGUAAACGUACGAGACUUUUAUGUAUAAAAAUAGCUGACAAGACAAACACUCCCCUGAUUUUUAUAUUUCCUCUAUAAUUUUAAGUUUAUUUUUUUUUUUUUAAUAUCAAUAUCAGUAUCGAUAUAUUUUGUUAUGAUGUCACAACCUCCCUGAUAAUCAUCAGGAGAUCAGCGCGAAAUGAUCUCUGCCAAUUUUAUCGUCGAGAAUUCAUCGCUGCUGCCCGUUCGCGCGAGAUGUUCCAAGACGCUCGCUUAUCCUUGUACUUUCUACGGUUCGCAAAUCCGAGCUCGGGACUCGUGAACGCCGUUUCACCCGUGGGAGUGACCCUUUUUCUUUUUCUCAGCCGGACGAAGCGAUCUUCUUCGCACGUAACGGCGCGCAUGUAGAUGAAGAUUUCGCGAGUCUCGCGUUUCCUCGAUUUCGCGUAGCUUCGUUCUCGUCGCGUCAUCGUCGUCUCGCGGAUGACGAUCGACGAGGACAGCGAGGAGCGUGGGAAGGUUGCGUGCCGACGAUCCGAGACGUUGCACGGACGACGACGACGAUGACGCGGGUGAAAUUCGGGUGCCGGCCGAGUCGGCUUCAGCGAGUGAAAGAUGAGAGAGCGAGGGAUAGCGCGUUGAGAGGGAAUAAACUGUUGCGUUACCUAUAUCGCCAGGGGGGGCCGGGCGAGAGAUAAAACUGUGUAAAAAAAAAAAGAUGAAAAAAAAAGAUGUAUUUCGAGCGCGAAUUGCGAGAUACAAUGCCGAAUAUCAAACGCGCUAGAGACGCACCGUUGAGGAAAUGUGGUACAAAAUACAUACGUACUUUUAAAAGAUCGGACUCGGACACACAAAAUACAAGAAGGAGCAAGGGGGGAGGGGGAGAGAGAGAGAGACGAGACGAGAGUAUUUUGUAUCAUAAAUAUUUAUGUCGCGAAUGUCGCACGUGUAAUAUUGAAAAGAAGAAAAAAAGAGGAAGAAGAAGAAACAAUUAUAUUGUCCAGUCCUGCCUGUCGCGCUCUAGCGAGAAUUUAUAUGUACGCGAGGGGAGGAAGGGGAUCUGACGGUAGUGAGAUAGGAGGAGGACAAAAGAGGACUCGGGAGUGGGAGCACAUAGUGGCUAAAGAGGGGAGGAGGAGGAAGAAACGGAAGAUAAAGAGAGGAAUGGGAAAAUAAUUAUCCAGAUUGUACCGCCACUUUUAUAGCUUAAUUCCUUAGAUAAGCGUGCUGGGCUUUCGCGGGGAACAUUUUAACCGACAUGGUGGAAUCUACAUUUCAUUAAGUCGGCAACGGUAAAAACUGGAGGAAGAGGAGAAAAGAAUGAGUGAGGGGGUGAAGCGAAAGAGGAGAGGCGGCGGUGUAUCAUCUAUUCGACAUGAUUAUAGACGAGGAGCGCGGAAAGUUGAAAGUUUAUUUUCUUACGACGUUGUUGUGCGCGUUCGAUUUGUCUUUUUAUACGAGAGGAUGACCGAAAUCACACAGUGCGUUCUGCGAAAGCCCAACAUAUCUCUCAAUCGUUGGGCAGCUCGAGCUUCGGCAGCAGCAGCAGCCUGAUCGCGACGUCGUCUCCCUUCUUAUGCGUUAAAAACGAAAUAAAAGAAGUAGAAGGAAAA